CAGCUCAUUUAGCUGCGAGUCGGCGACCCGCAAACAACACGUAAAGUGCUCCAAAAAGUGCCAUUCGAAGAUGACUUCCAAUCCGUGGCUGUUACUGUCGAUGCUGGCCCUGGCCGCCACGGUGCGAUCGCAGGAAUAUCACUACCAGCGCCCGCAAGUCCCCUUCAGCGAGGUGUCAGCGCGUCACCAGCAGCCUGCCAAAUAUGUGGUCCAAACCCUGGGCCCCAACAGUCGCACCUACGCUCUGGAGUCCCACCUGGCUCCGAGUGUCUAUGAGAACCACCAGACUGUGGUCGUGAGGGCGCAGAGGGGACAGCAGAACCAGCUCGGAUAUGGAUUCCAGGGCCCGCAGCAGCAGCAGCAAUAUGUGGCACCGCAGCAACAGUUCCAACAGCAGCAAUAUGUGGCACCCCAGCUGAAUAUGCAGUAUCUGGCAGCCCAGCCCGUGCAGCAGCCACAGCUGCACUAUUCGACCUACAGAAAUCCUUUGCUGGGCAGCGGAAGCUAUCAGCAAUUCUCUUCAGCCCUAGCCGCUCCUCUCAGCACUCAGGCACUGGCACCACCGGCACCACCAGCGCCACUCAACUAUUACCAGCCUCAAGCUCAACCUCAGCCUCCAACCCAAGCCAUCGCCCAGUACCAGGGAGUACCUCAGCCCGCGGCCCAGUACUUGGCACAACCGCAGAACCUGGCGCCACAGAGACUGUACUUCGCCAACCCCCAUCCCUACGCAACGGUCACCCUUCCCUCGGGGCAGCAGGUGCUGGAUGCGGGCCACGGCUCCGGUGUGCCGCCCACUGCGGUGCUGAACAAACUGCUGACCAGCACGGGUCUCACAGAGCCGGCACCGCGAAAGGGCGACCAUGUAGCCCAGUCGGAGAGCGCGUCGCUGGAUGGCUACGACUACAAGCAGACGGUGCCCGGGGACACCAGAGAGUACCAGCGUUACGUGACCAAUUGCCAGCCCAAUGGACAGUGCCAGCAACAGAUCUUGAGUCCAGGACAAGUGGAUCCGGGACACAAGCAGCUGCUGCAGGACAUACGCGCCGUGGCCCAUGCCCAUAUCGAGGGAUGCACCAAGAGUCCCGCGAUCUAUGUGCCCCCAGGAGCCGUGCAGAAUGGCCAGGGCCAGCUGAGGCCUAGGAACAGGCGCACCUAUGAGCGGAAGGAGAAAGUGAUCGAAAGGCAUCCCUUCAACUGAACCCUAGCCCAAAUUCAAAUCUAGAUUUAAUAAUUGUUAUUGUUAGUUGAACACAUUUUUCAAUGUAAGUAAAGUGAUCGAGUCUCAUUCAUAACCGAUUCCGCGAAUUGUUUCAACAGCCCAAAGGUAGACAAUGCUCCGGGGACUCCCCAGCUCCAGCUGAUUGAGGCGACAUCAUAUUAUUGAUCAACCGGUUGGCUGUUGCCUCAUCUCUGCCCCCGUGGAUUUUUAAUAUGCGAUUGCCAAUGGGUCUCUGUCUGUCGUAUGCUAAUCACCCAUACAAAAAUUAACAGUGGACUCAAUGCACUGCGCGAAAAAAUGGGGGAGAUGUGGGAGAGCAUGCGAAAACCUAAAAAGUAGAUUUGUGAUCUUCAAAAUGUUUACAAAUGCUGUCAAACAUUGCAAAGUCUGGCUUGCAUUCGUUUUUAUUUCAAUAAAACCUAU